GCCUCGGCUGCUCAGUCUGCGUCUCAACACGGAAAGCAAGGCGGAGGGCACUCGAGGCCCGAAGGAUCGCUUCCGGAGCGCGAGAGAGUUACUUCCGGGAGCCUGGGGCCGAGGACCGCAACCCCUUCGAGUAGUGGGUCGGCUGCUGGGAGCAUGCUGCUACGAGCCGCUUGGAGGCGGGCGGCUUCGUCCGCCAUGGCUGCUCCUGGACUGAGGCCCGCGGUGCCCACCCGGGGACUGCGCCUGCGCGUUGUAGAUCUUACUCCUCAGACUGCUGUUCCCUCAAAUACAGCUGCUGCUGUACAGGAGGCAGAGUCAGUGCUGCGACCUCUGUAUAUGGAUGUGCAAGCCACAACUCCUCUGGACCCCCGGGUGCUUGAUGCCAUGCUUCCUUACCUCAUCAACUACUAUGGGAACCCACACUCUCGGACACAUGCUUAUGGCUGGGAGAGUGAGGCAGCCAUGGAACAUGCUCGAGAGCAAGUAGCAUCUCUGAUUGGAGCUGAUCCUCGUGAAAUAAUUUUCACUAGUGGCGCUACGGAAUCCAACAACAUAGCGAUUAAGGGUGUGGCCAGGUUCUAUAAGUCACGGAAAAAGCAUGUGAUCACCACCCAGACAGAACAUAAAUGUGUCUUGGACUCCUGCCGUUCAUUGGAAGCUGAGGGCUUUCAGGUCACUUACCUCCCAGUGCAGAAGACUGGCAUCAUUGACUUAAAGGAACUAGAGGCUGUCAUCCGGCCAGAUACCUGCCUCGUAUCAGUUAUGACUGUGAACAAUGAGAUUGGAGUCAAACAGCCCAUUGCUGAAAUAGGGCAGAUUUGCAGUUCCAGAAAGGUGUAUUUCCAUACUGAUGCAGCCCAAGCUGUUGGAAAAAUCCCACUUGAUGUCAACAACAUGAAAAUUGAUCUCAUGAGCAUCAGUGGUCACAAAAUCUAUGGUCCUAAAGGGGUUGGUGCCAUCUACAUCCGCCGGAGGCCCCGUGUGCGUGUGGAGGCCCUGCAGAGUGGAGGGGGUCAGGAGCGGGGUAUGCGGUCUGGGACAGUGCCCACACCCUUGGUUGUGGGGCUCGGGGCUGCAUGUGAGGUGGCACAGCAAGAGAUGGAGUACGACCACAAGCGGAUCUCAAAGUUAUCAGAGAGACUGAUACAGAACAUAAUGAAGAGUCUUCCUGAUGUGGUGAUGAAUGGGGACCCUGAACAGCACUACCCUGGCUGUAUCAAUCUUUCAUUUGCAUAUGUGGAAGGAGAGAGUCUGCUGAUGGCACUCAAAGAUGUUGCCUUAUCCUCAGGGAG